CCGUGGUUAUUCUUUAGAGAGAACCCUUUCUACACAUUGAAGAAGCUUCUCACACCAACAGCGGGAAUACUACCGCGCGUCGACUAUUCAAGAGGAGACAGUUUUUUGCAUUUCGAACUGAGCCCAGGGGAGCUCAGCUCGUUGAGAAACCCUCACAACGCACUGAGAGUUGUGUUGUAUUGCGGUGUUUAUGAUAAAACCAAGUCCAGUAAGAAUGUAAACAUCGAAUUUCCACACCCAGUGGACAUCACUUUGAAUGGAGUGAAGAUCAAAGACAACGUCAAGGGGAUAAAGAACAAACCAGGAACUGCCAAACCCGCAGACUUGACCCCCAAUGUGCGUGCAUCCAAUCAUCUAGAGAUUGCCUAUACACAGACGAAAACAGACUAUUUGAUCUUUUGCUAUUUAGCUGAAAGAGUCAGUGCACCGAAGAUCCUUCAAAAGGUUUUGGAAGCACCUAAAACCCCAAAGGAGAGCACAAUCAGUCAAAUCAUUGGUCAGAACUCUUCAAGCAACGAUGACGAUGAACUCUUGGCCACUUCAACCAUUUUGAGCUUGAAAUGCCCAGUGUCAUUUGUCAGAAUGAAAUACCCUGUGAAAUCUAUCAAUUGCCAGCAUUUGAACUGCUUUGAUGCAUUGCAAUACAUCUAUCUUCAAGAGCAGCUCACCUCAUCUCUGUGGUUUUGUCCUAUCUGCAAUUCAACAAUUAAUGUUGGUGAUCUCUCUCUCAACGAGUACGUUAUGAAUAUUCUUAAGAGUACGCCAGAUGAGUGUGAAAGUGUUGAGAUUGAAGUGGAUGGAAAUUGGCAUCCAUUGUACGAAAAUGAUGAU